AUGAGUGAUGAAACAUAUAAUGAAAGUGAACAACGUAAUAAUGAUAUAAUAAAACAAGCCUGUGAAAAUGAAAUAAUCGAACCUCAAUUAGAUGAUUUAUCAAAAGAUUCAACAAUAAAUCCGGCUGAUGAAGAUAGUCAAUUUAUAUAUGAUGGUAAUGCUCAAAGACUUAUUUGUAUUGGUUCAAAUUUUGAUUGUAUUCCACAAAGUAUUAUUGACUCAUUUUCACUUAAAACAAAGAGUCUUGAUUUAAGUAAAAAUCGUUUUCGUUUACUUACUUGUAUUCAAAAUUUUCCAUAUCUUGAAGAACUUAUACUCGAUGAUAAUGAUUUAGAUGAUACUCAUACAAUAUUUCCAACAUUAUCUAAUUUACAUACAUUAAUGUUAAAUAAAAAUCGUUUACAAGAUAUAUAUAAAUUAGUUGAUCAAUUACGUCAUGCAUAUCCAAAAUUAACACAUUUAUCAUUAUUAGGCAAUGAAGCUUGUCCAUAUCAAAUAAGUGCAACUAAUCAAAUAUCAUCUAAUAAUACAGAUCUUAGUACAUUUGCACAAAAUCGUCUUGAUGAAGACUAUCAACGUUAUAGACAUUUACUUAUAUUUCGUAUACCAACAUUAAAAUUUCUUGAUGCAAGUGAAAUAAGUUCGAAUGAACGUCAUAUUGCAACACAAUUAGGUGAUAUACUUUAUUCAAUAGUUGAAACAAAACAAUCACGAUCAUUAUCAACAAAUGAAGAGAAAAGAUAUGAAAAAAGAAAUAAUUAUACACCAUUACCAAAAGAUACAAAUAAAAAUCAAAGUCGAAUAUCUGUAGGAAAACUUCCACAAAAAUAUAGUGGUGAAGGAAGUCAAGGAAAUAAAUUUGUUCGUGAUGGAGACUUAUGA